CAGAGUGAGAGGACACGUAGAGGUCAUUUGUCGACUUCGUUGUACAGACCGUAGAAGAUGGGGAAAUAGAAGCCAGAAGAAAACGAUUGAGAUGCACCUGGUGAGAUGAACGUUAGAACCCGGAGGAAAGCCUGACACAGGAUACUUGCCUUUUCUUCUACAACCACAGCUGGUCAGUUGGACCCCUGGAAAGAAGGUUUUUCUCACUGGAUCUCUGAAUGCCCAGGCCCCUGCCACCAUGGCCAGCCGGGGCCGGGGUCGUGGCCAGUUGACCUUCAACAUGGAGGCUGUGGGCAUUGGGAAGGGCGAUGCUCUGCCCCCACCCACACUGCAGCCUUCUCCACUCUUCCCCCCACUGGAGUUCCGCCCAGUGCCUCUGCCCUCAGGAGAGGAGGGGGAAUAUGUCCUGGCACUGAAGCAGGAGCUGCGAGGGGCUAUGAGGCAGCUCCCCUAUUUCAUCCGGCCAGCUGUCCCCAAGAGAGAUGUGGAGCGUUACUCAGACAAAUAUCAGAUGUCAGGGCCGAUUGACAGCGCCAUCGAUUGGAACCCUGACUGGCGCCGUCUGCCCCGGGAGCUAAGGAUCCGAGUGCGGAAGCUCCAGAAGGAACGGACCACCAUUCUACUCCCCAAGAGGCCCCCCAAGACCACAGAAGACAAGGAGGAAACCAUACAGAAGCUGGAGACCCUGGAGAAGAAGGAGGAAGAGGUGACGUCGGAGGAAGAGGAGGAGAAAGAGGAGGAGGAGAAGGAGGAGGGAGAGGAGGAGGAGUACGAUGAGGAGGAGCACGAGGAGGAAACAGAUUACAUCAUGUCCUAUUUCGACAACGGAGAGGACUUCGGGGGUGACAGCGAUGACAAUAUGGACGAGGCUAUAUACUGAACAAGGGCCCUGGACAGCAGCCGGCGCCUCCGCAUGUUUCUGAUUUAAGAUACAGAUAGUAACGGUCCCUAUUAGUCGGUUUUGUGGACAAGCCAGUCAUUCGCCCAGCGUCCAGACAGCCCGCUUGGUCCCUGGAUACAGAAUGGAGACCGGCGACAGGCAGACCCUUCCCCGCCCUCUGCCCUCGUGUCACUUCUGAUAUCUCAGCGACACCGCAGAGGACCCAUGUCUUAAUUGUAUGACGGGGAGAGAGGAGGGUGGAAAGAAGUGGAAUUGUUAGACCUGAGGCCGCUGUACACAUGCCCGUGCCCAUUUUUUAUAGUUCUUUGUGAAGAUAAUUGGGGUGGGAGCAGUUAGGAGUAAGGCCAGUUUUAUAUUUUUUAAAUAAAAAUUUUGUAUCUCUC